AUUCAAAUGUCACAAUACGGUAAAGCAGAAUAUUGGGAAGAACGAUACACCAGAGAUCCUGAGCCUUUUGAUUGGUAUUAAAGAUUUGCAGGGAUCAAGGAUCUAGUCUAAGGCUGUUUUACUCCCGAAAGCAAAAUUCUCAAUAUAGGGGCAGGGAAUUCAAGAUUGAGUGAGGAAAUGUUCGAUGAAGGAUAUUAGAACAUUACAAAUAUUGAUAUUUCACAUGUUGUUACAAAAGCAAUGUAGGAGAAGUACAAGGAUAAAGGUCCAAAUUUCAAAUAUCUUCAUAUGGAUGCCAGAGCUAUGGAAUUUGAGGAUGGAUCAUUCGAUGGAGCAAUUGAUAAAGGAACCCUCGAUGCCAUAUUAUGUGGAGAGUCAUCAUCAUCCAAUGCUUAAAAAGUGAUUCAAGAAGUUCACAGAGUACUAGGGCCAAAAGGAGUGUAUUUAGCAAUUUCUUAUGGUCUACCGGAACAUCGACUUUAAUAUUUUGAAAAGCCUGAAUACGAUUGGAAUGUUAUAGUUAAAUAGGUUCACAAACCAACAAUUUCAACCUCCAUCGCAAUAACAAACGAAGAUAAGGAUGCACCCAAUGCCCAUUACAUUUACAUAUGCACUAAAGGAUAACAGAAAGCAGCUAAAUAAUGAAUUUGAAUUAUAUUUAAUCAAUUAGGAAUAAUCAUUUAUUAUUCUAAA